CACGCCACGCCUUUUUACUAAAGAAAGCAACAAACAGCUCGCGACGGGAAACAGACAGGCUCAGCGCGGCGGAGAGAGAAGGACAUAUCGCGCAGAUUUCUUCAUUUCAUUAAAAAACACGACAUCUUUCUUCAGUAUUGACGUGUUGUUUAUUAAAGACUGAGCGAUGGCCCAGGAGACCAACCAGAGCCCCGUGCCCAUGCUCUGCACCACUGGCUGUGGGUUCUACGGGAACCCCAGGACUAAUGGCAUGUGUUCGGUGUGUUAUAAGGAGCAUAUCUCCAGACAGAAUAGUGGAGGUGUGAGUCCUCUCAGUAACAUGGGUUCUAGCAGUGUAACCAGUAGUCCCACCUCCGAGGCGUCUGCGAUCCAGAUCAUUGAGGCCAGUUUAAACAAUUCCGCAAGUGAAGCAGAGUCGCCCAUCGGGGCCGCCGCAGCACUUCCUGUAACGCAGCAGAUGACCGAGAUGAGCAUUUCCUGCGAAGAGGAGGUGGCAGCGCCUAAAGUAGAAAUUCCCGAACCUGUUGUGACUCAGCCCACGGCCUCCUCUUCCUCGUCGGUGAACGCGGCGGUCGGUGCCGAGACCAAAACCCCUGACGCCUCCAAACCCAAGAAAAACCGAUGCUUCAUGUGCCGCAAGAAGGUCGGCCUUACAGGGUUUGACUGUCGCUGUGGAAACCUCUUCUGUGGACUUCACCGUUACUCAGACAAGCACAACUGCCCGUACGAUUACAAAGCCGAGGCCGCCGCCAAGAUCCGCAAAGAGAACCCCGUGGUGGUGGCUGACAAGAUCCAGAGAAUAUAGAUCACCUGCUCUUCUCUUUGGCUUUGACCUUUUGACCCUCAUUUCCGGGAGAGAUAAUGUGUAAAAUACAAAACAAAGGACUCGCGCUUGACCUGCGAUCUAAAGGACUAUUUUUAUUUUUAAUGACUUUGAUCUUGUUUUUCAGCCGACGCAUGAGUGGAGUGGUUUUUGUUUUUGUCUUGGGUGUAUGAUGGAGUGGAGGUAAAAAAAAAAAAAAAAAAAGGCAGGGGAAAGUGGGUGGGGUUUAGGUCACAUCUCCUCCUGUGAGGUUGGUGUGGUUUUGGGGGAGGGGGUAUUGCGUCUUUGUUAUGGUCGGAGGGUUGUGAUUGUGUGUGUGUCUGGUGUCUCGGUGUGGAGGAAGGACACAUGGCCUGAGGGACUUCACACGACUGUUAUGGUUCUGACCCGAAUGCCGUCAGGGUGGCAGUGCAUGGCUGGCUCAUGUAGCACAAAGAAAACACCAUGGACACUCUCUCCUUCUUUCCCUCACGGCAUGACUCCCGAAAGUCUAGCGUUAGCCUUCACGGCGUUAGCGGUGGUUUAUUCGCCCGGGCCUCGGACCGGCCCUCGGACCGGCCCACAUCACACUUCCCACCCCCCGUUUUGUUUUGGAGUGAUUUUAUUUUUCCUUCUGUUCACGAGUGACACAUCUAUAAAAAUAUUUUUAAAAAGCUCAUUUAGAGAAGCACAGCCGGAUUUAAAUUCUGAGCCUCAGCUGGGCCUUGGUCUUUUAGUCAGAGGUGGGGUUAAAGCGUGACCUGCAUGGCUAGUGAAAUAACUACUAAAGUGUGUUAGGUUUUUAACAGAUACAUGCUCCUAGGUCUUGUUUUUUAAUUAAUAUUCCACAUCUGUACUGAAUGUUGCUUUUUGUUUGAUUUAUAUUGUGUGUGUGUGUGUGUGUGUGUGUGUGAGUGAGUGAGUGAACUCUCGGUCUGUUGUUUCAGUUCUCCGGUUUGUACGAGCGAACCCCUUAUAUUUAUUACUUGUAUUGCGCAUCUAACCUUGUUACCCAACAUCACAAAACUAUCAUGUAAAUAAAAUGAUGUACAGAGAUCUAAUAA